AUGUGGAUAGUACCCUCUCCCUGUGGACCCUCUCCCUGUGGACCCUCUCCCUCUCUGGACCCUCUCCCUCUGGACCCUCUCCCUGUGGACCUUCUCCCUCUCUGGACCCUCUCCCUCUCUGGACCCUCUCCCUCUGGACCCUCUCCCUGUGGACCUUCUCCCUCUCUGGAUCCUCUCCCUCUCUGGACCCUCUCCCUGUGGACCUUCUCCCUCUCUGGACCCUCUCCCUCUCUGGACCCUCUCCCUGUGGACCCUCUCCCUGUGGAACCUCUCCCUGUGGACCUUCUCCCUCUCUGGACCCUCUCCCUCUGGACCCUCUCCCUCUGGACCCUCUCCCUGUGGACCCUCUCCCUGUGGACCCUCUCCCUCUCUGGAACCUCUCCCUCUGGACCCUCUCCCUGUGGACCUUCUCCCUCUCUGGACCCUCUCCCUGUGGACCUUCUCCCUCUCUGGACCCUCUCCCUGUGGACCCUCUCCCUGUGGAACCUCUCCCUGUGGACCUUCUCCCUCUCUGGACCCCCUCCCUCUGGACCCUCUCCCUCUGGACCCUCUCCCUGUGGACCCUCUCCCUGUGGACCUUCUCCCUCUCUGGACCCUCUCCCUCUGGACCCUCUCCCUGUGGACCUUCUCCCUCUCUGGACCCUCUCCCUCUCUGGACCCUCUCCCUGUGGACCCUCUCCCUGUGGAACCUCUCUCUGUGGACCUUCUCCCUCUCUGGACCUUCUCCCUGUGGACCUUCUCCCUCUCUGGACCCUCUCCCUCUGGAUCCUCUCCCUCUGGACCCUCUCCCUGUGGACCCUCUGCCUGUGGACCCUCUCCCUCUCUGGACCCUCUCCCUCUGGACCCUCUCCCUCUCUUGACCCUCUCUCUCUGGACCCUCUUCCUGUGGACCUUCUCCCUGUGGACCCUCUCCCUCUCUGGACCCUCUCCCUCUCUGGACCCUCUCCCUCUCUGGACCCUCUCCCUCUGGACCCUCUCCCUGUGGACCUUCUCCCUCUCUGGACCCUCUCCCUCUUGACCCUCUCCCUGUGGACCCUCUCCCUGUGGACCUUCUCCCUCUCUGGACCCUCUCCCUCUCUGGACCCUCUCCCUGUGGACCCUCUCCCUGUGGAACCUCUCCCUCUCUGGACCCUCUCCCUCUGGACCCUCUCCCUCUGGACCCUCUCCCUGUGGACCCUCUCCCUGUGGACCCUCUCCCUCUCUGGAACCUCUCCCUCUGGACCCUCUCCCUGUGGACCUUCUCCCUCUCUGGACCCUCUCCCUGUGGACCUUCUCCCUCUCUGGACCCUCUCCCUCUCUGGACCCUCUCCCUGUGGACCCUCUCCCUGUGGAACCUCUCCCUGUGGACCUUCUCCCUCUCUGGACCCCCUCCCUCUGGACCCUCACCCUCUGGACCCUCUCCCUGUGGACCCUCUCCCUGUGGACCUUCUCCCUCUCUGGACCCUCUCCCUCUGA